AGCAUUAUGGGGCGGCGAUGGUUUUCAGGCACACAGACGUCGACUGGACACCGCUUAUAGAAAACCUGUGACCCGCCUGAGAGCGUUAUCGUACGGACAGCGAGCAACAUUACAUUACACGCUUUGGGAGACAAAUCUGCCUCAGAGAGGUCGGCAUUCACAUCUACGUGCGAUGGUUCAGAACAGUUUGAUGAGCGCCGCGGAGGACGUGGCGGAUCAGUUCCUGCGAGUGACGAAGCAGUACCUGCCUCAUGUAGCACGGCUGUGUCUGAUCAGCACCUUCCUGGAAGAUGGCAUCAGAAUGUGGUUCCAGUGGAGCGAGCAGAAAGAGUACAUCGAGAGCUCGUGGGGAUGCGGCUUCUUCCUCGCCUCACUCUUCGUCUUAAUAAACUUACUGGGGCAGCUGGGUGGUUGCAUACUUAUACUCAGCAGGAAUUUUGUACAGUAUGCCUGCUUUGGAUUGUUUGGAAUCAUUGGCCUGCAGACCAUCGCUUACAGCAUUUUGUGGGACCCAAAGUUUUUGAUGAGAAACCUGGCACUGGGUGGUGGUCUGCUUUUACUGCUGGCUGAGUCGCGUUCAGAGGGCAGGAGCAUGUUUGCCGGGGUGCCUACAGUACGAGAGAGUUCCCCUAAGCAGUACAUGCAACUGGGAGGUCGUGUGCUGCUGGUGCUCAUGUUCAUGACUCUGCUCCACUUCGAUGCCAACUUCCUUUCUAUUCUCCAGAAUUUGGUGGGCACCGCUUUGAUCAUCCUGGUGGCCAUUGGCUUCAAGACCAAACUGGCUGCUCUCACUCUAGUCGUCUGGCUUUUUAUAAUUAACGUCUCUUUCAAUGCCUUUUGGACCAUUCCAACCUACAAGCCCAUGCACGACUUCCUCAAAUACGACUUCUUCCAGACCACGUCUGUGAUUGGAGGCCUUCUGCUUGUAGUAGCAUUGGGCCCUGGUGGAGUCUCCAUGGAUGAAAAGAAGAAGGAGUGGUGAGACUGGGCAGAUGUCAAAUGGCUCUCUUGCUCACUCUAUAGUGUGUGCUGAGAAGUAGGUUUCUCACCUAAAGCAAGUACACUAUAUAGGGAGUGAUGAGAAGUUUGAGACAUGGCCUCUAGUGAAGGACCCCAGGAACCAACAAUAUGACCCACUCUCUACUUCUGCAGCCCAGGCACUGUACUCACUUCUGUCUGAUUUCAGUGUGUCUUCUCUGUCAAGUUUAUUUCUGGGGGCACUUUUAAGCAUUUUGUUUUUGUCAUAUUUAUUAGCAAACAUCAAAGUGUAGCCUAAACCUGUUGUUCAUGUCUAUUAUUAAUAUACUCAUGAAAGGUCUGGAAUAUUUCGGAAACAGUUUAAUAGCUAAUCUUAGAAUAUUGCCCCUCCCUUCCUUGUACCUGUCACCCAUUUUUGCCCGUUGAUUUAUUGUGGUGCCAACUGCAGCCCACUGACCAAAGAAACAUUCCAUUUUCUACUUUUUAUUGUACAUUCAAAGGACCGUGGCUGCUCUGAAGAAUUUUAUUGGAAAGCUAACAUUAUCAGAAGUACUUAUUUUUAUUUGUUGGAUGUUCAUUAAUGGGUCAUUGUGAUUGGUAAGUUUUGGUCACUAGGCUGUUCAAGAACAUGUUUCAUUGCUGUGCUGGCAUUUAUAACACACUGGUUGACUUAGGCUGGUUGAUGUAGGGCUCAUGUGUGUGCUGCCUGUGCUAUUUACAGCUCAGGUUUAUUACAGACAUGAAUUGAGAGAUCGAAAUGUGGUUGGAAACAAAUUUUUUCUGUUUUCUACUGUUAAAAAAAAAGUAAGUUAUAGACAUGGAACACCCUUAAUGGCCUUUUAGAAGCUCUUUUUAAUGUUAUUUUUCACAUUGCAUUCCAAUAUGAAUAUGUUGACUUCUUAUGUCAGUAUAUGGCAUUAUUAAUUGUGUGUAUACUGUCUGUUGUCAGGUCACUUUAAAGUUUACAAGUAGCUGAAUUAUAGUAUUUUUCAAAACAAGCAGAGCAGGACGUUCGAUAAGUGAAUCCCUGUGAUUUGUCACUCAGUGUUUUUCCUCUUUGUACAAAAAAGUGCAGCAAAAACUCGGUUUUCUAAGUGUCUUAAAUAUAUGUUUUGACAAUUAUAAAGGGAAAAUAAAAAGAAAAAAGCA